CCCCCCCACCAUUUGGCCUAUAAAGAAGUCAGAUAGAAAUUUUUAUAGUGCAAAAAUGGUUUGGGGUAGCGAGUCUCGGUGAACAACGCGUUACGGUGUUAAAAGUUUUUGUAUCAAACAGUGAGGGCAAAGUAACUGUACCGACUCUCGGUUGAACUUUUUGUUAUUACUGUACUUGAAUCUUAGUACAGUACGGGUGAUAUUGUAUAUUUUUUUUUAAUUGGAAACAAUAAUUAAUUAGCGCAUGACAACGCGGGGUUCAGCGGUAUUUUCAUUUCACACCAUCGUCAUCAUCAUCAUCAUCGUCGUCGUUAGCGAUGACGGCGACGACGGCGUUGUUUUUUCCAUUUUUGUAGCCAACUCUGUUUUUUUCUCAUUCACCGUAUUAUCAUUAUCCAAAAAACAUGGCUGUUCGUUUCGCCACUAUUCUCCCUUGAUGUAAUUCUUAUUGUUGCUGCUGCUGCACGAUCAUCAUUCUCUAAUUGAUAUUCAAGUAUUAAACAUUUAAUCAUCUGCCGAAUACGCGCUUUCGAAUAUUGCGAACGUUCGUAUUCGUACUUGUGUGUUUAUAAUCUAUAACCUAUCAGCUCCAACUUUUGAGCCUGACACGAUAUUUCUGUCUGCCUGGAUAAACCAGAUCUUAUAAUUUUUCAUUCUCGCGUUAAAACAAACGAAACACAUUCGUUAUCAAAUUUUUAAAUGUAGACCUAAUACCACUGACAUCGUUAUUUAUUUAUCAAUCUUCGAAAACCUGAACCCCGGAUCAAUAAAUAAAAUUGUUUAUUACUAAAUAGACUUCAAGUUAUCAAGUGACAAUGGAUCAGGAUAUUUAAUCAAUCGCCCGAAAACAUGUCGCAUGUUUCUUACUCGAAAUUGAUAUCUUUAAAUUAUCCAAAACUUUGUCCCAAGCCUGCGCCGCAACAGACACUUGCUGAGGUCCUUCAAUCCGAACCAGUCAAGCGACUGCUGAGCCAGCCAAAUAUUGUGAUAGAAACAAUUCCGAAAGUCCAAACGACUCCCAAAUCUAAUGUAUCCAACAACAAUGUCCAUUUACCGGUUGAUAAGAAGAAUGGGCCGAGCAAGGUGGCGCAGAGCAAAGGCAUCGGGUCUGAAAUAUCAGUAAUGACAGUGGAAACGGAAAGCAAAGAUAAAUCUAGGCUGCUACCUGCUAAGGGGGAUGGAAAGUCUGAAAUAGCCCUGAUGGUCGUCAAGCCUGAGCAAAAACAAUGUGGUCAUCACGGCCCAUGCGAAAAUAUCGUUUGCGACGUUUCCGUGCUACAGUACGUUGACCAGGGUGGUGUUCUACCAAUGCUAGCUGUGGGGAUAGAGGAAAACGAGAUCAAUGCCCCGGUUGAAAAGCAUUGCAAAAAUCCGCUGUGCGAUGCAUUGAGCAUAGAUCAUGACCGAUGUCGACGGGCGUUGAUUAAACUCUACCGUUGUGAUUUGAUGAGUGCUUGCGACAUUUGCGGCGUUGUAUUCAAGACACGGAGGUCUAGGAUGAGUCACAAAAGCUGCAUCAGGAAGGAGGUCUAUAGGCACAAUCAAACAGACGGUGCUCAGAUACUUAGGGAAAAAAUGAGGGAGCGAGAACUGCAGAUGAUCGAGGCAGCCAAGACCAAGAAAAAAGAACACUUGGACCCGGCCACUGAGUACAAAAAGACUAUGGAGUCCCUGAGGAAUAACAAGGAGCUGAUCAUCAUCCCAAAAACCAUUCCCCAGCAUCAGCCAAUUGUCACAAUAAAAACACUGUCCCCGGGCAACCAGCCGAGCGUUGUACAAAGUACUAACUCCCGAGAAGUCUUUGGAAAACUUUUGCCCUCUAUUCCGAUUGUUUUCCCACCACAGAAUACAAUCGUCGGCAAAAGACUGGGUUCUGAGACCAACGAAGGACCAGCCGUGAAGCAACCCAAGAUAACAAAUGUGUUUUGCACUCCACCUCAACACGCAAGGCUUGGUCAACAGUACAUUAAAGUUUCCUCGGUCACGCAAUCCAACAUCGUUCAGCCCAUGUCUCUCAAUGAUUGGUUCGCUUCUCAGGCAAAUAUCGUAACCUCGAGCCAAAAUACAGCUCUCAAACCUUACCUGACCCCCAUCAGAGUCGUCCCUAUCACCAGCCUGAAGUCAGCCCCUUCGCUUCGGCAUCAAACUCACGGUAUUCCUGCGUUUUGCUUGGUACCAGACAAUCUUCCCAAACCUGUACCUGUCUCAAAACUGCAGGCCAUUCAGCCAGCUCCGAUAGCUCCUAGCCCGCCAAGGUCUGUUGCACAAAAUAAUGAAACAGAGAAUGUGGAGCAGCAGAAUUCACAGACAGCAAAAAGUGCGACGAACACAAGAAGAAAAUCUCAAGCUCGUAGGAAGUCUGAGGAGAAAAAUUCAAAGGUUUUCAAAUGUCCUUAUUGUUUCAAGGGUUUCAGCACAGAUUGGUAUUUCAAAAUGCACGUAGCUGGGCACACGGGAGAAAUGUUAUUCACUUGCAAAACGUGUGAAAAACCAUUUAGCAAUAGAUACGAUAUGAAAAAACAUAUGCUCAAUGAGCACAAUGAUGGCGAAUGCAGAUGCGAGAUUUGUGGACAGAUAUCUAUAUGCAAAUCGGCACUUGAGAUUCACAUUCGGUCCCACACCGGUGAAAGACCCUUCCACUGUACAGAGUGUGAUCUGUCUUACAGAUCGAGCACUGACCUUAAAACGCAUCAACGAAAGCGACACAACUCUACGGACUGCCCAUACUGCCAUAUUCAUCUUGUAAAGGCAGAUCUUCAGGCACACUUGGUGUCGUGUCAUCAGAUGACGGAAAAAGAAGCAUUGCAUGAAAUUCUGCAAGGACAGGAACAGGCAGUGAAUGGAAAUGAAUCGUCCGAAAUUGAGGUGUCAGAUUGUGAGUCAAUGGCAAAUGGAAUCCUGAUGAGAAUUAAAGAGGAGCUCAUAGAGGAGGCAGCAGCUGUGAAUGAAGCUACGAAGUUUCAGAGUAGUCGUAAUGGUUCAGAUUCAAACAAGAGGAAAAAACAGAUUGCAAAUAAACCUGCCCAUACGAAGUCUAAAGGAAACGGUGUGCACAAUGCAGAGGGAAACCAGAAUUUAUGCAAUUCGAAGGAAACUGAAACUAAGCCUAUCGUUGUCAGAAGGAGCACUAGGAGAUCGAACUCUAAUUUUCAAUGUACCAUUUGUAAAGAAAAUUUCGAUAGCUCCACACUGCUUGAUGAUCAUGUAGCUAAUGAACCCAAAGAAACUGUGGAAUGCCUCGCAUGCAAGAGCUUGUUUCACAGCCAGACUGAUUAUGAUAAACAUGGCAAUAGCUGUGGCAAAAGUUCCUGCAAACAGUCGUCUUGCCUGAAAAAUUCAACAACUGGACCGCUGAGACCAUUCCAGUGUGAGAUCUGCCUGAAAGUAUUUAAAAAUGAUGGAAAACUCCGUAUUCACAUGAAUCUGAGUCCGCAAAAUUUCAUAACGUGCGUUAGAUGCGCCAAGAAAUUUCACACUAAUCGCGAGUACAGAUUGCACAUGCACAAUAAUUGUGUUGAAUUAAUUAAGUGCCGUAAGUGUAACCGACAAUUUUCAAACAAAAGAACACUUGAUAACCACAUUUGCUGAAUUCAGAAGGAUGAGGGGUACACUGGAUUCUUAUGAAAAAAAAUCAUUAUUGAUUUGUAUGUUUUCUGUAGUUCUCUCGUUAUAUUUCGUUGAUAAUAAGUAGGCCAUUAUACACUAAGUUAUUACUUUAGCUAAUAUAAUUUUCUGCAUUGCAUUGAAACUUUUCUUUGUACUCCCCUUUCUUUUUUUUUUGACUGUUUACCGCACAUUACGAAAGUAAUAAGGUGUGUGUAGAAUGAUUCUAUAUUAUCUUAAACAAGGAUAUCCUCAAACGAAUUCAUAUAAUUGCAAAUGUAAAAUUUUAAAAUAAGAGGAAAAAAAAAAUUAAGGUAUUUACCGAGUAUUCUGCACACUAUUGUCAAAUCAUAAUUAAAAACUAUCUGAGGGUAAGAUUUUACGGUAUUUCUGACAAAGGAAGCUAUCUUGCUUCUUUAUUUUAUAUACAAUGUAUAAAGUAUGCAUGCAUUUAUUUUUAUGAUUAUACCUAUUAUUAUUCUUGUAAGUCAGACCUUUGUUCCUGCUUCGAAGACUGAUGAGCACUUACGACAGCAAAAAUCCUCAGCUCAUCGCAGAUAGUAUUAUUAAAAUUUUAGUUCCAAAACGGUUUCAUUAAAUCGGAAUUAUUCAGUCUAAUAAAAACAUCAGUAAAAAGAUUGAUUUUAUAAACAUAGCAAAUGUAUUUUGACAUUUUUAAAAUAGAAUUUGUAUAAUUUUUUUUUAUUCACUUCACCUGAAUAACUUAUUAUAAGAAUAAUUGAUUUAAUCCAGUAUGUCUCUGUACUGUGCAGUACGAAUCUCAAAUUGGCAAACUAACCCCUUGUACGAUAUUUUCGUAUUUUUAUAAAAUCCAGUUAUACAUGUAACAGCGAAAUGCCUACCAUAAUUAAUUAUAUGCCAUUGCACCAUUUUUUUCCAGAUUAUAUUUUGUGCACAAUAUAUUUAAUAAUCAGCUUAGCUGUAUUGAAUGUUCACUUUCUCGUUGUUCCGAGCUAAGAAAUGUGAGAAAAUUGUACUGCUUGGAAUCCUUUUUUUUUUUUUUUUUUAUACUUGUAUUUGAACAUAAACGUUUAAAUUCUUUUAGUCUUCAUGAUUUUUCUCCAAAAUUAUCGUCACUCCUAACUUAUCAUUCAAUCAUUUACAACUAUGUGUACACUGUAAAAUAAGUGAAAAAUUAAAUGUU